UAAUUUAAUACAAGGAACCAACUAUUUUUCUGCUCAAGAUCUGUCAAUCGUUUUUUUUUUUUAUUUGAUAUAUCAUUGUUUCUAUAUAUGUGUAAUAUUACAAAUUGCCAAUUGUUAAUAUCUAAAAGUGUUAAUUGUUUAUUUUACAUAAUUGGUGAAAAUUCAAGUUAGAAAAUACGAAUGAAAUAAUGACAAAAUACACGUCAUCAGUAUGCUGAAUUUGGAAUUCCCUCGACUAACCUGAAAAUAGAUUAUUAUUUUUUUUUUUAAAAAUGAUAAAAGCUAUUUUAGUUUUUAAUAAUCAUGGAAAGCCUCGUCUUUCAAAAUUUUAUCAAUAUUUUAACGAGGAUAUGCAACAACAAAUUAUUAAGGAAACAUUCCAGUUAGUUUCAAAGAGGGAUGACAAUGUGUGCAAUUUUUUAGAAGGCGGUAGUUUAAUUGGUGGAUCCGAUUAUAAAUUAAUUUAUCGACAUUAUGCAACAUUAUAUUUUGUAUUUUGUGUCGACAGCUCUGAAUCAGAGCUUGGCAUAUUAGAUUUGAUUCAAGUAUUCGUUGAAACAUUGGAUAAAUGUUUUGAAAAUGUUUGCGAACUUGAUCUUAUUUUUCAUGUAGACAAAGUCCACUAUAUACUCAAUGAAUUAGUGAUGGGCGGUAUGGUCCUCGAAACAAACAUGACAGAAAUCCUCACAAGGAUAGAUGAACAAUCGAAAUUAGAAAAACAAGAGGCGGGAAUAACUGCAGCUCCAGCAAGAGCAGUUUCAGCAAUGAAAAAUAUGAAUAUUCAUCAGCAAAUAAAGGACAUGAAAUUACCAGAUUUACCACAAGCGAUAAAAGAUUUAAAAUUCUGACGAGCCCUCAUACUUUCCUGGCUUCGAAUUGACUGGAUUCUAAUUAUAAUAAAGUCGUAUUAAAUUCCUUCAAAAAUGAGGAACAAGAAAGUAAAAAUCUGUAAAUUUUUCCAGCAUUUUUCGUAAUCGGAGCUAAAUUUUUUUUUUUUUUUUUCACAAACGAAUAGUAAAAUAUGCUACGAUGAAGAACAGUAUAAACGAUUUAGAAGAAAAUACAGUAUAUAUCUUUUUUGGAAAAAAAGGAGAAAACAGAUUUUUUUUUCAAAGUCAAAUGGGACAAAUUAUGUGAAUUUAAUGAUUUAGAUAAAUUGAUAUUUAAUAUUUGCUGAACAUGUCCAUUUUUUAUCAAUAUAUUGUGCGAAAGUGUUAUACUUGUGAAUAUAAAUAUCAUUCCUUUUUAUUAGAGAUUCCUUGUGCACUAUAUAUAUAUAUAUAUAUAAAUGUAUAUUUCUGCUACACAGAUUAUUUUAUUCUAUAAUGUCUAUGUAGCUGGUGCUUUUGUACCAACUAUAUUUCUCAAUUAUAUAUAUAAAUCAGAUUUAUUUCUCUAUUAAAA